AUGAACGCUUGGAAGGACGAUCCUAAUGGUUCACAAAUCGGACAGAGUGCCCCAGUUUCCGAUGUUCCGUCUCAGACAACCCAAAAGGACACCAGUGAACUCUCGGCCACCGAACCCCUUUCGAGGUCGGAAGCUACAAAGGUGGCAGCGAACGAGCCGAGCCCGCAGCCUAACAACAGUACAACAAACCCUGUUCCGUCUUCUUUUAAACUCUACGACGAGGGUAAAGAUUUUUCGUGCUGGCUUCGCCGCCUUAAGUUCCACCUAGACGAUGUUCCACAAAACGAACGCAGCCGUACGGUACUUCAACAUCUUGCAGACGACCAGAUGGACAAGGCACUGGAUGCCGGCCUCACCCGCCACACCCCUUUCUAGGUGCUGUGCGACCGAUUGCAGAGGCUAUUCCAACCCCCAUUGACCAUAGAAGAAGCCCUUGACCAGUUACUAAAACGUUCCUUAAGGAGCGAUGAGACCCCUCGGCAGUUCGUCGACGCCUUACUCCGGCUCUCACGCGACGCCUUCCCCUCACUGUCAGCGGCCGAUAGAGACCAAGUGGUCCUUUACCACUUUGAACGCGGCCUCGGGUCCCAGGAGGUGACGUAUUCCUUGAGGAUUCAGCCACCGGGCGACCUCAACGAAGCCAUCCAGCGGGCAUCCCGCAUGCUAACAACCGAUGUCCCAACAGGCGAUAAUCACUUCCGGCCUGAACUGUGA